GGCAACGGCACGGCGCGACGGCGGGGAGGCAACGGCCAUGGAGGAGGCGGCGGGCUCUGAGGCGUCCUUCUGCCUGCAGAAAUUAACCAUAAUGGACGACUCUAAAGAUGAUUAUCAGUAUGAAGAGAUUCCAGCAGAUGAUGAAUUUAGUCUUCAGGAUGAUGAUGAGGAUCUGUCAAAGGCUUUGCAGACUAUUCAAGAGCAGGCUGAAGAUGCCCAAAUUUUAGCUUUGCAGUCAGUUCUGACUUGUGAGAAAUCAGUGUCUGAAAUACCUGAAGCAAUGGAUGAUUUCUUCUGCAAUUUCCUGGUCAGAUUGGGAAUGUCCAGAACCCUUGACUGCUUCCAGACUGAAUGGUAUGAACUUGUACAGAGAGGUAUGUUCACAGCCAAAGAUAUUGGAUUGGUUCCAACUGUGUAUACCCGCAACCAGCAACUUGAGGCUGAUAAUAUGCGUUUGAGGAAAGAUUUGGAAAACUAUAAACUUGCUGCAAACAAAGCUAAAGAGGCUUUCCUAAAAAUGCAGAAAGAACGUGACUUCCAUCGAAUGCAUCAUAAGCGAGUGGUCCAGGAGAAAAACAAGCUUAUUUGUGACAUUAAAAGGCUGAAGGCACAUUAUGCAUCAUACGAACCAGUGCUGAAGCAGCUGACUGAAAAAUACCAAACUACACUGAGACAGAAAAUGUUAACUAGUUUGGAGAGAGACAGAGCAGUUGGGCAGGUUACAGGUUUGCAAGCCACAUUACAAAAUUUACAGUCCAGAUGUGCUAUUCAGAUUCCUGUGACAAAAGCAGGCCACGACUGUCGAAGGAAGAAAGGGUUGGAAGGCCCCACCCAGAAAGCUAUUCAGGAAGUCAAGCAGCAAAAAAUCCUUGAUGCUGAAAGCUCUUCAUAUGAUCCAGUCAAAGAUGCAGAGGAGGAGAUAGGCAAGAGAUAUCCAAAGGUUUCCAAACAGUGGGCAGCAGCCUACCUGUUACUAGCUCUAACUCUAGGAUCUUUAAAUCAGUUUGAGUACUGCAAUGGGAAGAAUUAUACAUGAAGCAUGCAUUUGAUAUAGGUUGUGAUUUGAUAAAUAUUAUACGAUGGUAUCUAUGAUACCAUACCAUAUGUCAGUAUGUAUGAUCUUGGGGACUUUUUAUACAUUUAGAUCUGAAUAUGUGAUGUUUAAUUACUAAUUUCUUGAUUCAUAUGGCUGUUCCAAGGAAACAAACAGAAAUUAGACAACUUAUUUGAA